AUGAUCCACAGCCUCUUUCUGAUCAAUGGUUCUGGUGACAUUUUCUUAGAAAAGCAUUGGAAAAGUGUUGUGAGCCGCUCAGUCUGUGACUACUUCUUUGAAGCUCAGGAAAAAGCAGCAGAUGUGGAGAAUGUGCCCCCAGUCAUCCCAACUCCGCACCACUAUCUUAUCAGCAUUUACAGAGAAAAAAUAUUCUUUGUGGCAGUAAUUCAGAGUGAAGUGACGCCACUUUUCGUAAUUGAAUUCCUGCAUCGCGUUGCUGACACAUUUCAGGAUUACUUUGGAGAAUGCUCUGAGAACUGUCUGAAAGACACUGUGGUCGUUGUAUAUGAGCUACUGGAAGAAAUGCUGGAUAAUGGAUUUCCUCUGGCAACGGAGUCUAAUAUUCUGAAGGAAUUGAUCAAUCCCCCUACAAUCCUGAGAUCUGUAGUGAACUCCCCUCACAGGUCUGGAGUAGCAAUAUGGGGGAAACUCUGGCCAACUGGACAGCUCUCAAAUAUACCCUGGAGAAGAGCAGGAGUGAAAUAUACACAACAAUGAGGCCUAUUUGAUGUAAUCGAAGAAGUGGAUGCAAUCAUAGACAAGUCAGGUUCCACUGUGUUUGCAGAGAUUCAAGGAGUCAUUGAUGCUUGUAUAAAGAUGACUGGGAUGCCUGAUCUUACACUGUCCUUCAUGAAUCCUAGGCUUCUGGAUGAUGUCAGCUUCCACCCAUGUGUGCGAUUCAAGCGCUGGGAAUCUGAGAGAGUUCUGUCCUUCAUUCCCCCUGAUGGUAACUUCCGGUUGAUGUCAUAUCGUGUAAGCUCACAAAACCAGGUUGCAAUUCCAGUGUAUGCAAAACAUAAUAUAACCUUCCAGGAGAACAGUUCAAGUGGAAGGUUUGAUGUGACUGUGGGUCCCAAGCAGAACAUGGGCAAGACUGUGGAAAACAUUAUUUUAACUGUCCACAUGCCCAAAGUUGUACUGAACAUGAACCUCACACCAACUCAGGGAAUUUAUACAUUCGAUCCUGUUGCCAAAGUGCUUACCUGGGACAUUGGGAAGAUUGCCACACAAAAGCUACCUAAUCUAAAGGGAAGCGUCUCCCUGCAGUCUGGUGCACCCAAACCAGAGGAGAACCCAAGUUUGAACAUGAACUUCAAGAUCCAACAGUUUGCAAUCUCAGGACUAAAAGUGAAUCGACUGGAUAUGUAUGGAGAGAAAUACAAGCCUUUCAAGGGAGUGAAAUAUCUUACCAAAGCAGGAAAAUUCCAGGUGCGCACAUAACACAUGCUGUGCUCACACUGGGGAGGAGCGGACAGUACAUCUACCCCUGACCUAGCCAUUUCACUUUGAAAUUUAGGUCAUAUAAGUUUCCAAUUUUUUGCUCUGCAUAGGAAGCAGAAAUUUGACACUUACCAUUUAGGGGUCCUAGAAGAUGUCAGCUGCUAAAAUGCUUGAAGGGCUUGUCUCAGGCAAGAUGAAACUAAGGCCCGACUACCAGUUGGUGGGAAAACAGCAGAACUGGCUUGUGCACCACUGUUUUUAGUAGCUUUCAUUGCAGUGCGUGGAAGCUACGGAAGCAACGUAGCAUAGCUUACUGUGAUGCACUGUUUCCAUAGCUUCCAUGCAUUGCAUUGGCAGCUACUAAAAAGGCUGCUUCCUGGUGGUCGGGGUAUAGUUUAAUUUUGUCUUAGUAAUGGUGAUAUGGGGCAACUCCUUUAAAUAUAAAAAGGGGAGCAACUUAAACUAUUCCAGGGAAGGACUGUACAAAUGUUCUCAUUAUGUAGAGUAGCAUUGGGACUCCUCUGUAUAAUAGAACCAUAACCCAUAAAGAAGAUGCCAUAAACAACCUCUUGAUACCUUAGGCCAGUCAAGAAGACUCUGUAGGUACUAAUUAGCUGCUAUUGUUAAUUUAUUUAACUAAAAUAACAGAUGUAUGCUGUCCAUAUCACAUGGCUUUGAAAACCCAAAAAUAUCCAGUGAAACAGUUGUAUAUUGCAUAUCUCUAGAGUAACCAGUUCUAGUCUGCUGAGUCCAGGUAUAUAUUGUAGCAUUCAGUUCAGACUGGGUCUUACUUGUGUAUAACAAUAUUCUAUACCUUGUGCUCUUAUGAAAUGUUGAGACACACACCCAAGUAGUGACUUGUACUAUAACGUAUUAGCAUUGGUAAUGAAUUGUCCUCGUUAUUCCUGCCUCUCUGCCAAGUUAAAUGCCUUAAUUCUUUCACUGACAAAGGAUCUGCAGAUCUGUCAGUAAAAAGAGUUUUUCACCUGUGCCACUUUCUUAUGUUUAAAAUCUGUGUUGAUUCAUUUGGUGCCAUUAUGUUUGUAAUGAGGGUUACCUUUAUGUUAAGGUGAAGCCAGAGUGCACAACUUGUAAUACAAUUUGGGUAUGAAAUGUACACAUUUCUAAAUAAAGACAAAAUAAAUAUAUAUUCACU